CAGUGUCAAGCCCCGCAAAGAGAUGGGACUACUCCGCAUUAACACGACCGCAGGUGACCUGCUUUGGCUCUGCCCUCGAACAAAAUGGCAUCUUCCAGGCUUCUUUGCCAGUACACAAUAUGGAGAAAGAAGCAAGGGCGCAACCAUUGUCCAGUUUGAGGGGAGUCUCCUAUCCGGAUGUGACCGCACUUUGACCCGGAAAAGAAGGGGGACGAAGCAGUGGGGCCUCGGCCGCAGCUAUGGAGGGAGCCGGUUACAGGGUGGUGUUUGAGAAGGGAGGCGUGUACCUGCACACCAGUGCCAGGAAGCACCAAGACCCGGACUCUCUCAUCGCUGGCGUUAUCCGUGUGGUGGAGAAGGACAAUGACGUCCUCCUGAACUGGGCUCCUGUAGAGGAGGCUGGAGAUUCCACCCAAAUUCUCUUCUCCAAGAAGGAUGCCAGUGGGGGUGACUCCUGCACCUCUGAGGAGGAACCCACCUUUGACCCUGGCUAUGAACCCGACUGGGCCGUCAUCAGCACUGUGCGGCCUCAGCCCCGGCCCUCAGAGCCCAGCAGAGGCGCAGCGCCCAGCUCCCCCCGGGACUCCUGGGCCUUCUCGGUGAGUUUGGGGGAGCUCAAGUCCAUCCGCCGGUCCAAGCCAGGCCUCAGCUGGGCCUACCUGGUGCUGGUGACCCAGGCCGGAGGCUCCCUGCCUGCCCUGCACUUCCACCGCGGGGGCACACGUGCCCUUCUCCGUGUCCUCAGUCGCUACCUACUGUUGGCCAGCUCCCCACAGGACUCCCGCCUCUACCUUGUCUUCCCGCACGACUCCUCGGCCCUCUCCAACUCCUUCCACCACCUCCAGCUCUUCGACCAGGACAGCUCCAACGUGGUGUCUCGCUUCCUCCAGGACCCCUACUCCACCACCUUCAGCAGCUUCUCGCGAGUGACCAACUUCUUCCGGGGAGCCCUGCAGCCACACCCGGAGGGGGCCUCCCCUGACCUGCCUCUGCCCCCUGAUGACGAGCCUGAGCCUGGGUUCGAGGUCAUUUCCUGUGUGGAGCUGGGGCCGCGGCCAGCCGUGGAGCGGGCGCCUCCGGUCACAGAGGAGGAGUGGGCCCAGCAUGUGGGCCCUGAGGGCCGCCUGCAGCAGGUCCCCGUGCUAAAGGCCCGGAUCUUCUCAGGGGGUCUGAGCCCCGGCUUGAGGCGCGAGGCUUGGAAGUUCCUCCUGGGGUAUCUGAGCUGGGAGGGCUCAGCCGAGGAGCACAAAGCCCAUGUGCGUAAGAAAACGGACGAGUAUUUCCGCAUGAAGCUGCAGUGGAAGUCCGUGAGCCCGGAGCAGGAGCGGAGGAACUCGCUGCUGCACGGCUACCGCAGCCUCAUCGAGAGAGACGUGAGCCGCACUGAUAGAACCAACAAAUUCUAUGAAGGUCCCGAGAACCCGGGGCUGGGCCUGCUGAAUGACAUCCUCCUCACCUACUGCAUGUACCACUUCGACCUUGGCUAUGUCCAGGGUAUGAGUGAUCUCCUCUCCCCGAUCCUCUACGUCAUUCAGAAUGAGGUGGAUGCCUUCUGGUGCUUCUGCGGCUUCAUGGAGCGCGUGCACGGGAACUUUGAGGAGAGUCAGGAGACGAUGAAGCGACAACUCGGACAACUCCUGCUUCUCCUGAGGGUGCUGGACCCGCCGCUCUGUGACUUCCUGGACUCCCAGGACUCUGGCUCUCUCUGCUUCUGCUUCCGGUGGCUGCUCAUCUGGUUCAAGAGGGAAUUCCCCUUUCCGGAUAUCCUUCGGCUGUGGGAGGUGCUAUGGACAGGGCUCCCUGGCCCCAGCCUGCACCUGCUGGUGGCCUGUGCCAUCCUGGACAUGGAGCGUGACACCCUCAUGCUUUCUGGCUUUGGCUCCAAUGAAAUCCUCAAGCACAUUAACGAGCUGACCAUGAAGCUGAGCGUGGAGGACGUGCUGACGCGGGCGGAGGCCCUCUACCGGCAGCUGACCGCCUGCCCGGAGCUGCCCCACAAUGUGCAGGAGGUCUUGGGUCUCGCACCGCCUGCAGAGGCCUGUAGCCCCUCGCCCCCUGCCUCUCCACUCCCAUUGUCUCCCACCCGGGCCCCACCCGUCCCUUCAUCCCCUGUGGACACAGCCCCGCAGCCAGACAGCAGCCUGGAGAUCCUGCCGGAGGAGGAGGACGGCACUGAUUCCUAACCAGCUGGGCAGGCAGCCCUCUGGGCACAGGCACUUUAUCUUGCUCUGGAGUGUGAGGAGGCGCAGAGCGCCCCGCUGCGCCCUUCUAACUAGCUGGUUUCGUUAAAACUACUGCUGCUCUGCCCAGCUGACGUCACAUAGGUGGAGGAAGGAGGCUGCCACUUCGGCUUGGACCUGGGGAGGGGGGUGGCUCCUGGGCCCCUCUGACCACUGCGGAGCUAGGAUGUGGCCACGUGGCUUUAACCUGGCCAGUGAGACUCAAAAGAGGAAGUCCUUGGGUGAGUGGUGGGAUUGUGGAGGCAGGGCUUCCUGAGCUGUUGGGCGAGUGAGGCUGGGGAGUGGCGCGUGGCUGUCACCUAGUAGUGUUGCGUGGACACAUCCCCAACUUAACCGAGAUGGGAGGGCUGCAGAGCUGCUCAAACACUAGGGACCCUGCCUACCAACCUCUUGUUAUGUGAAGAAAAUAAACUCUAACCCACUGUCA